UUAUUUAUUUAUUAUUUAUUUGUUUUUUAAUAUUCUUAUGUAUAUAAAUAAAUAAUUAAUCUCCUCGAUUUUGUAUCUUUGUUGAUUCACUCUACAUCUCAUGAUCUCAAGAGGAGGGAGUAACCUUUAGAAAGUUGUAAUUUUUACAAUUUGGCACCUAAUAUUUGUUGAUAUUUGUAUUGUAACUCCUCCAUCUGCUUCAGUAAUCUCCGCUUUCACGUACCCAAUCAAUGGGCCAUGAUCAACCUCUUGUUUCUGCUGAGUGGUUGCAUCAAAAUUUGAGUAGUCCCAAAAUAAAGGUAUUGGAUGCUUCUUGGUACAUGCCGAAUGAGCGAAGAGAUCCGCUUCUGGAAUAUCAGGUUGCUCGCAUACCUGGCGCGUUAUUCUUUGAUAUCGAUGGGAUAACUGAUCGCACAUCGAAUUUUCCGCACAUGCUACCAUCAGAAGCGGCUUUUUCAGCAGCAGUUUCUGCUCUUGGUGUCAGUGACAACGAUGAAGUGAUAGUUUAUGAUGGAAAGGGCAUGUUCAGUGCAGCUCGCGUUUGGUGGAUGUUCCGAGUUUUUGGACACGAGAAGGUUCGGGUAUUGGAUGGAGGUUUACCACAAUGGCGGGCUUCUGGGUUUGAUGUUGAAUCUAGUGAUUCUGGAGCAGUUCUGAAAGCCACUGCUGCUAGUCAAGCAGUUGAAAUGGUUUAUCAUGGAAAAGAGCCAAAUCCUAGCAUAUUUAAGGCAAAGAUUCAACCACAUCUAGUUUGGAGGAUUGAAGAGGUCAACGAAAACAUACAUGCACAAACCCAUCAACAUAUAGAUGCCCGAUCAAAGGGCAGGUUUGAUGGUAUAGCUCCAGAACCACGUAUAGGAAUAAGGAGCGGCCAUAUACCUGGAAGUAAAUGCAUUCCUUUUCCUGAGAUGCUGGAUAAUGCACAGAAGCUCCUCCCGCCCAAUGAGCUUCGCAAAAGAUUUGAGCAAGAAGGCAUUUCUCUCGAUCGCCCGAUGGUGGUCUCCUGUGGCUCCGGUGUGACUGCUUGCAUAGUUGCCCUGGGCCUUUACCGGAUUGGAAAACCUGACAUUCCAGUUUACGACGGAUCUUGGACUGAAUGGGAAGCCCAACCAGCUGCCCCCAUAAUCACCGCUGCUGCGAGCUCUUGAAAUCAUUGAUGCGAUUGCAGUAUCAUUUUUCCCAUUUCAACAUGGAUUUGAAGACUUAAAAGAGGAUAUGCGAGAACUAAUUAUAAGGAGCUCUGUUCUGAGAAUAUUUCGUUGGAAAAGUAAUUUGAGAGAUCAUCAUGGAAAGAUAGAUGGAGAAGUUCGACAACCAUUACCAUUCAAAUUUUCCAAAAAAAUGUAAUGGAUGUUGUAAGAUCAAAUGUUACAUUUUAAAGUGUGUUGUAUGAUGGCUACCUGGUAGGUAUGUGAGGUUAAUUUCAUAACAGUACAAAUCAUGUUUGGUAUUUGUAUUCAUAUACAAUGAUCAUAUCUCCUUUUUCUCA